AUGUAUCCCAUCGAUGAACCUUAUCCCAUCAACACCUCCAAUCCAGAGGACAGCUGCGUUGUCACAAUGUCGAUGGGGAAUAAUCCUCUUCUAGAUGAAAGCAAUGUGGCCAAACUAUUGGAUGUUCUCACGGUCAGGCACAGGAAAGUCGUUAUCUUAGUGUGCGAUGAGAUACACAAGUACGAGCAAACCAUCUCUCAUGGUAUGAGUGACUCCCGGGCUGCAAAGUUGGCUAUGGCAGCUGGAAACGAAAUGGUUCUCCAUCUACAGACCUUCAUUAAAAACUGGCAACUAUCCAACAACUCAACGUCCUGCACUAUUCACAUUUGUCGCUGGGGAGACAUCACGACCGACUCGUACCACAAAUUGUUAGAUGCUGUUGUUCGAUUCCGUAGUCGAUUCGAGGAUGAGCUGGAAAAAAGCUCAACAUAUUACAUACAGUCCCGUCUUCGCCAAGCCACAUUGACUGAUCGCCGGCUCGAGAAUUUCACCCGCUAUACACUUGAAGAGCUUCCUGUGCAGCUAGUCGGGCUUGAGCUCCAUGGUACUCAGCAUUCAAUCCUCUACCACCCUGUGUUUUGCCAGAAGGCAGUUUCGGCCACUCACGGAGCCAAGCCAACAUAUUUCUCACCGAUCGAGAACGUGAUCAAAGCCUACCGGGCAGACGAGGAGGUCAUGGCAGAUGUGCGAUCACUGUUGCCUGGAGCUUUGGAUGCUCAGUUAAUACGUGUGUUUUUCGAUAAGCUUGCAUGA